CAUCAUUAAAUCCAUGGUUAAUAACUUCAUUUGAUAUAUGGUUUAUUUCAUUAAUUAAUUAUUUAUUAAAACAAAUUGAAUAUUAUUAUAUAGAAAAAAAAGAAAUCGGACAUCCAUAUGCAUUUAUAUUUAUUCAAUUAAAACAAUUAGUACAAUUAAAAAUUGAAUUAGCAAAAAAAAUUAUUUCCACAUUUAAUUUAUUGUUUAUUAUUACUUCCAAUAAAUUUAAAUAUUCGUCAAUUAUUAACAAAUAAUUUUACUUUUCUUCUUGAACAAUUAUUUGAUAAUAAAUGUGAAAAUAAUAUUACUUAUAUUCAAAUAGCAAAAAUUAUUUUUCGAACAAUUAAUUUUUUAAGACAAUGUCCAAUUGAAAAUUUAAAUAAAAGAAAUGCUGGAAAGAAUUUAUUUCUUAAUUUUGAUAAUCAUUUUUGGUUAGAUAUUGAUUAUUUUCAAUUAGCUAAAUGUGCAUCCAAAUAUCAAUGUUAUCAAUCUGCUAUUGUUUAUACUGAUAUUUGGACAACAAAACAAAGGUAUAUUUUAUCUUUUUUGUUAAUUGUGGAAUUUAAGAGUGUGAAUGGGGACAAGGGUGUGUGUGUGUGGAUGUGGGUGAAAAAAUGGUCUACACCCAGACCUACAUUCUUUUUUACUAUUUCGCAUAAAUGAGAGAUCGAAAAUGAAUUACAAAUCAUGUCACAUGAAUUACUUUGAUAGAACUUCGAAAAAAAAAGAAAUGCUACUAGUAAGACUUGAUAAAGUUUAUUAGUUUUUCAAGAUCAACAUAGCUCAACUGUUGAUAAAAAAAGAUCAUUAUAAACAACACACUGGAACCAUUGAGUUAAAUGUAUCCUACACUAAUACAAGAGUUUAUUGACUUUAUGUUUUAUGGCUUGUCAUAUAUCUGCAUAACUAAAUGAAUUGUUAAGAAAAAGAUAACAAAAGAAGUAUAUUAUCUAUUGUAAUAAUAUUUUCCAUUUCAAUUGUUUUGUUUUAUGAAAUUGA